AUGGCGGACCCGACGGUAACAAAGACAGUGCGGACAAGAGACCUUGGUUUCCUCCCAAUUCCCCCGCACUGUCGGCACCGGCCAGAUGAGGUUUUCCAGCUCAGAAUGUGGCAGACAGCCGUCUUUGCCUUGGCCAGCACAUUCAGCAUGAACCUAUACUAUGUCCAGCCUAUUCUAGUCCAGCUCUCGAACGAGUUUGAUGUGUCCUAUGUCGAAGUCUCCCGCAUACCCUCACUAUUACAGGCCGGCUACGCAAUCGGCCUGGUCUUCCUCUCGCCCCUCGGCGACCUCAUCCACCGCCGCCAGCUCAUCUUCCUCCUCAUGACCGCCGCCGCAGGGCUGACCAUUGGCCUCGCGAUCACAAAGUCGCUCGUCGCGUUCGAGGUGCUCUCGUUCUUCGUCGCGGUCGUAUCGAUUACCCCGCAGGUCCUCAUCCCGCUCACCGCCGAGCUCGCCCCGCCGCACAGGCGCGCGUCGUCAAUCGCCGUCGUCAUGAGCGGCCUGCUCAUGGGUGUCAUGCUCGCCCGUGUUUUGUCGGGCAUCAUCGCACAGUUCUCGAACUACCACAAUAUAUACUGGAUGGGCGUCGGUGGGCAAUUCCUCCUCCUCAUCGUCAUGUACCUCAUCUGCCCGGAUACGCCGCCGAAGAACCCCGACCUGACCUACUUCCGCAUCCUGGGCACGAUGGUGCACUUCGCAGUCACCGAGCCACUGCUCAUCCAGACCGGCCUGAUCCUCUUUGCCGACAGCGCGAUCUACGCGGGCUUCUGGGUCACCAUGACCUUCCUGCUCAGCGGCGCACCGUACAACUACUCCACGCUAGACAUCGGUUUAUUCGGUCUCGUAGGUAUCUUCGGGAUCAUGACCGCGCCCUUCGUCGGGCGCCUCAUCGACGGGCUCAUCCCCUGGGCGGCGGGCCUGCUCUUUAUCGGGCUCAUCCUGAUUUCGAUGGCGAUACAGACCGCUGCGGGCGGGAUCAAUGUCGGCGCGGUGGUUGUCGCGAUAUUUGUGCUGGAUGUGGGCGUGCAGGGGCUGCAGGUGGCGUUGACUACGAACGUGUUCAGCAUCAACCCCGAUGCACGGGCAAGGCUGAAUGCUGUCGUUAUCCUCUGCGGCCAAGUAAUGGGCACGUCCGUCUCGACGCGGCUCUUCGUCGAGGGCGGGUACCGCGCGGUUGGCUACUUCGCGCUCGGGCUCGCGGGCUUGGACCUCGUGCUCCUCUUCCUCCGCGGCCCACAUUUGCCGAAUAAUAGGUGGGUAGGGUGGGCUGGCGGGUUUGGGAUGAGGAAGGUGAGGCCUGGGGAGGUGACGGUGAAGGAGGCGGUGGAGGAGGUGGUGGACCAUAUGGCGGAGGAGGGUCAGGAUGGAGGUGGGGGAGGUAGGAGGGAUGUUGAGAAGGCGUAG